AUGAUGAAACAAGAUACUCUCCCGCCAGCUGCAGACCAUCAGAUUGUGACAGAGUUUGAACAGAAAUAUGACGUCUACUGGUCUUUAGACUCGAUUGAUUGGAAUGAAACCGACACUGUUAAAAUAAAUACUAAAGGUCAAUUGAUAGCAAUCAAUACUUCCACUUUAAACUCUACAACAUUAAUAAAUAACUUACAGGAUUGCAAGAUUAAUUUGUCAAAAUAUACAAACGAUAGUUUACGAAUUAAAAUUGAUGGUUUCAAUAAAAAGACAAUAUAUCUGAGAGUCUCUGAUUCUACUGUUCUCAAUAAGUUAUUGGAUUGUCUUUUGGUUUGGUCAUCUUUUAAGAAUUUUGGAAUAUUCAAUAAACUAAUCUACUACCAGGAAACUUUAUCUUCUGACCAAUCGAUAAUUUAUGAAAAUGUAGAUGACUGCAAAUAUUCUGAUAAUAAAAUAUCUCAAAAAGUUAAUAUUAAAAUCCUUACUGACGGUUUGUUACGAAUAUAUUCGACUGAGGAAGAGGGUCAAAAUGCGCUAUUGAAAUCAAUAGAUGUUAGGACAAUCUUAGAAUCGCAAAUUGAUAAAUUACUUGGGCAUAAUGUUAAAGGGAUAAUAAUAUAUUCAAACGAAAGAGAAGGAGAAGAACUAAAACUGCAAUUUAUUUCAAUGGCUGACUACACAAAAGUCUGGGAACUCUUAUAUAAAUUUACAAUUAAAAGUUAUUAUUCAAAUAAAAAUGAGAAAAUAGAAAAUUACCUAAAGCUAUCACAUUCAUUCAAAAUUAAUAUCAUAGAGGCAAAACUGGAGCCAGAGUCAUUUGAAGGAGAUUUUAGUUAUUAUUGUUCGAUACAAUUAUCAGAAGAUUUACCCACAAAUUUCAAAACUACUACCUUAUCAAACUAUGAUGUUUUGGAUAACUCUACCUUGUUUUGGAGAGAAUCGUUUUCAUGCGACAAAUCCGUAAAUAUUGAUACCCUGAAAUUAAAUCUAAUCAAAAUUAAUAAUGAAACACAACAUUGUAACACUAUAGGCUCUGCCAUAAUAUAUUUAAACAAAUUAACUGAUAUAAAAUCAUUACAAAGACUUCCACUCAAAUCAGAAGAUUCGACGAACAAUCAAAUUGGUGAUAUUUGUUUUCAAGUAGAAUACAUGAAAAAGAAUAUUUUAAUUAAUUCAAUGGAUCCGUAUAAGAACUUCGAAAAAAAUUUGAAGAAUACAAAUAUGUCAGAUAUUUUAUCAUAUAUUACUCAACGAACAUCCAAUUUAACACACACCGAGCUAAUUGAAAUAUCAGUCCCUUUAAUCGAUGCGUUCCAAUGUUUAGGUAAGGAAAAUUCAUGGUUACAAUCGUUAAUGAAUUAUGAGAUUAUGAAUAUAACCGUGAAAUUAAAAUCAACCGAUAAUGCCAGUGCUAUUAUAAACACAAUAUUUAGAGGAAACAGUUUAUUAACUAUAUCAACCGAAUACCUCUUCAAUAUGACAGGUAAGAUUUAUUUAGUAGAAACAAUGCGUAGCGUAAUCACUGAUAUAUUGAAUACAAAUGAAGUCAUUGAACUUGACGAAAAUAGAUUAAGAAAAACAUAUCAAGGUAAAACAAAUAAGUCAAUGGAAGAAUUGAUAUCUGAUAAUAAAUUAAAACUUUCAUAUUGGGUGGAAAAAAUUUGGAAAAAUCUGUACACAACUAUUGAAAAAAUGCCUAUCGAAAUUAAGAAGGCAUUAAAAAGCUUAAAGACAUCAUUGGAAGAAAUUCUGAUAUCACAAAUUAAUGUAGAUAGAGGUACUAAGGAGAAAAUAAUUUUAAAUUCUAUCUCAAGUUUCUUAUUUCUAAGAUAUUUAUGUCCGAUAUUAUUGAAUCCAAACCUGUUUGGAAUCACUAAUAAAAUACCAAAUGAGAAUGUAAGAAGAACAUUAACAUUAAUUACAAAAGUUUUGUUACAUUUUUCUACCUUGACACAUUUUGGCAAUAAAGAACCUUGGAUGCUUUGUAUGAAUGACUUUAUUGAUGAUAAUAAUGAUGAUCUUCAUAAUUUUAUUGAUAAGAUUGUUAAUACUUCUAAUAACAGUGAUGGAAAUGGGGGAAACAUAAAAUCUACUGUCGAUUUUUAUGAACCAACAUCUUUAGAUUUAACUGAAUUCAAUCUAAUUGGUGUUGAUCCCAAUACUUUGGAAUCAAAUUUUUACACAAUAAAAAAGUGUUUUAAAUAUACCGAUGUUAUCAAUCUGUUGGUUACUUUCAUGUUAAAUGAAGAUCGUGAACCUAGUGAUCAUAUUCCAAUGUCUAAUUUAAGCAUGAGUACAAUUAUGUCUGAUAUUCCAUUUGAAAUAAAUAGUGAAAGUUGUCAACAGUUUCAUAAUGACAAUACAGGUACACUAUCAUCGUUAAAACGACAUAAAUUAAUACUUAAUGAAAAUGCAACGGAAGUGGAGUUAGCGAGUAUACAUGAUACUUAUUCUUCUUCUCAUAGUGAAAUUGGUAACAUGAGUAUUUUAUUGAAUAGUGCAUCAAUAGUCCACACUAAAAUAAAGUCUUUGUUAAACACAACUUUCCAAUUAGAAUAUCCUAGUGCUUCACUUUCUAGACUAGAUCCAUACUUUAUCAAGCUAACAAACUCAACGUAUAUAAAUAAACAUGACAGUUUGUACAUUGAGAAUAAUCCAGGAAAGGAUAUUAAAACAAAAAAUUAUUUCCAGCUACAACCUUUUGAGGUUAAAAACAUUCCUUUAAAUUCAAAUAAAUAUGUCAAAUGCAUUACUGACGCAGCAUCUUCGAGUCCACGGUCUAAAGCUUCUAGGUUUUCAAGGAUGUUCCUUGGAGCUACAUCAAAUGCACCAGAUUCAGAGCAGACAUCAAACAAAAUUGGCAAAUGGCUACGUUGGGAUAGACAUUAA